UGCAUGUGGGUGUUUAAGAGGAAGCCGCCUGCACUCUGUUUAUCUUCAACACGCUUCAUUAAUACUUCACUGACACCCUUUGGACCAGCACAAGCCAAUGCAUGAUGAUUAAAUAGAUCAGAUAUCGUCUGAUCUCCAGUUCGGACUGUAUGAUCCUGAUCAUUGGCUGUAACGAUAAUAUCCAUGCUAUGGGUGUUCAAGGUCCGCCUUUAAACUGCCCGAUGGACCAUCAGUUUAAAAUGUGGUGUUUUUCCAUCUUUAAUUAAUCACUGAGAUCAGGAUUAGGUUGGGUCUGAGUCUGCACCAUGCCUGGUAAGCUGAAGGCGAAGAUCAUGGCGGGCCGACACCUGCCUGUCAUGGACCGCGCCAGUGACCUCACCGAUGCGUUUGUGGAGGUGAAGUUUGGAAACACGACGUUUAAGACAGACGUGUGCCCAAAGUCACUAAACCCACAGUGGAACUCUGAGUGGUUUAAGUUUGAGGUGGAUGAUGAGGAUUUGCAGGAUGAGCCGUUACAGAUCACGGUUCUGGACCACGACACGUACAGUGCGAACGACGCCAUAGGGAAGGUGUACAUCGACAUUGACCCGCUGCUCUGCAGUGAAGCCGCCACCGUCAUCUCCGGCUGGUUUCCCAUCUACGACACCAUUCACGGUAUACGAGGAGAGAUCAACGUGCUGGUUAAAGUCGAUCUCUUCAACGACCUGAACCGUUUCAGACAGUCUUCCUGUGGAGUGAAGUUCUUCUGUACUGCGUCCAUUCCGCGGUGUUACCGCGCGGUCAUGGUGCACGGCUUCGUGGAAGAGCUGGUGGUCAACGAGGACCCCGAGUACCAGUGGAUUGACCGCAUACGCACUCCGCGAGCGUCUAAUGAGGCGCGGCAGAGACUCAUCUCUCUCAUGUCAGGUGAGCUCCAGAGGAAGAUUGGGCUGAAGGUGCUGGAGAUGGGCGGGAACGCCGUAGUCGGAUACCUGCAGUGUUUUGACCUGGAAGGAGAAUCGGGUCUGGUUGUGCGUGCCAUCGGUACCGCCUGCACGCUCGACAAAAUCAGCAGCACACACGCGCCUGCGGGGGGCGCAAACCCCUCAAACUCCUCUCCAUCAAAAGAUUUAAAAGACUCUCCGCAGGCUGCUCCUUCUGCUCUCGGAUGUCGCUCCACUCACAGCAGUCCGGUUCACACGGCGAGCAGCCGCCUCUCUCAGGGCUUCUCCGUUUCCGUGCCGACGCUGCUCUUCGCGGGUAUGAAACACAGACACAGGAGCUCAGACGGUCCCAGAGCCAGGCAGUGUAGGGCGGUUUUUGGGGAGGAGGCCCCUGGUGUUCCGUUGUGUUCGGGACCCCCUACUCCAUUGAGAGCCCAAACCUUCUCUUCCUUCUCCCCCUCCAAGUCCUACAGCCGCCAGUCCUCCUCCUCCGACACCGAGCUGAGCCUCACCCCCAAAACCGCGAGGUUUUGUCUCUCUCCCAGUUCUCCCAUCCUUAAGUCGAAAUCUUCACCCAUUCCCACCUCCAAAGUCCUGAGGAGUACGACUCCUCCCCCUCUCCACGUCAGCCAAUCAGACACAGCCAUGCUGAGAAAAAGCGUGUCGUUCAGUGAGAACAUGCUACUGGUGGCAUCCGGUAUGGGCAGCGGGGGAAGCGCUGGGAAGGAGGCGGGGUCUCUUAAAGCACUUCUGAGACAACAGACUCAAUCAGGGUUGGAGCAGAGGGAGUUCCCGUUCUUUACAUUGACGAGUUUCCCGCCCGGGUUCCUGCUCCAUGUGGGCGGGGUCGUGAGCGCACGCUCAGUCAAGCUGCUGGAUCGAAUCCACAACCCUGACGAGCCGGAGACACGAGACGCCUGGUGGGAGGAGAUUCGACAGGAGAUCAAGUCUCACGCUAAAGCUCUGGGCUGCCAUGCAGUGGUGGGGUACAGCGAGUCCACCAGCAUCUGCGAGGAGGUGUGUAUUCUCUCAGCGUCGGGCACCGCGGCGAUCCUCAGCUCCCGCUUCAUGCAGGACGGCGCGCUGGACACGGACCACAGGUUGUCACGGCAACAUGGCACAGAGAAGGGCGAGGGUGAGAUGGGUAGUUCAGCCUCGUUAGGGUUUGAUGAAGUGGUCCCUCCUGCCUGUGGGUUUUGUCACAUCCCGUAUGACGAGUUGAACAUGCCGUUUCCGGCUCAGCUCACGUACUGUCACUGCUGCCGCCGACACAAGGUCCCAGACGUGCUCUUCACCACCAUAGACGUGCCGUCUGAAGCACACGUGACCGGCAAAGGCUGCCUUAUACAGGCCAGGCUGUGUCGCCCUAAGAAGAAGGCUCAGGGCGAGGGGAACGCCACCGCCAUCAGUAACCUGCUGCCCUUCCUGGAGUACGAGCUGCACACGCAGCUGAUGAACAAGCUGAAGCUGCGAGGCAUGAACACACUGUUCGGCCUGCGCAUGCAGAUCAGCGUGGGAGAGAACAUGCUGCUCGGCCUGGCUUCAGCGACAGGUGUGUAUCUGACAGCGCUUCCGAGUCCAGGAGGAAUCCAGAUCACAGGAAAGACCCCCAGUGACAUCACAUACGAACAACAUCUCUCAAACAUGCAAAAAAAAAAAAACGACACUAUUGCCAAAAACAAAGAUCUGUACGAGAUUAACCCCCCGGAGUUUGUUGAGGAGCUGAUUGGCUCUCCCAUCCCUGAGCCCCGGCAGCGCUCUCGCCUCUUCCGCUCGCACUCGGAGAGCUCGGACGAAGUGUCAGAGUUGGACCUGUCACACGGAAAGAAGGACGCUUUUGUCCUGGAGAUCGAUGAUACAGACGCUUUUGAAGACAUUCACUCCCUCCUCACAGACGCCCCGACACCUCCAGGGUUCUACAGCUGCAACACCGAAGUCAUGCCUGGGAUUUAUAACUGGACUUCAAGUUUACAGAUGUUUACCUCAGUGAGAGUGUUCCGACUGAGCAGCAUGAAUCUGACCAAUCAGAGCCUGAAUAAGAUCUUCAGCGAUCUGUGUGAGAACCUGCUCAAGAGUCUGUACUUUAAAUUGCGCUCCAUGGUGCCCUGCUGUCUCUGUCACGUGAACUUCACCGUUGCUGUGCCUGAGGAUGAGCUCAUACAGGUGGCAGUGACGGCUGUGGCCAUGAGCAUUGAUAAAGAUCAGACACUGGAGAACGGCCGACAAAGCGGAGAGAAAACUCUUAUUAAAGUUACAGAAAACGAAGAGCAGCUUCAGUUCCCUUUAGAGCUCCCUGCUGAAUCCUCUUCCUCCUCCUCUUCCUCCAACCCUCCGAGCUCUGCCAAAGGUUUGACCGAGGUUUCAGGAUCUCUCCCGAGUGCACGAGUCCCCUCAGUUGAUUACAGUUCCUUUACAGACAGAUGCAGUUCCUGGAUAGAGCAGCUUAGACUGAAAGCUCAGACCAUAAGACGAGGAUCGAUUAAAACAAUGUCGUCUCUGGAGAAGUCGAGUCCGUUACCAGAAGGCCGCUCCCGCUCCCUGAGGUCGAGCCGGUCGUACCCCGGAGGUUCCGUCUCUGUGGUUAAAAUGACGCCGCUGUCGUUUAUUCCUGGAACCAAAAUCAUCAAAUACCUCGGCAUCAUCAACAUGUUCUUCAUCAGAGAGACCACGUCACUGCGAGAGGAGGGUGGUGUGAGUGGAUUCCUGCACUCGUUUAUAGCGGAGGUCUUUGCUAUGGUACGCGCACAUGUCGCUGCUCUGGGGGGAAACGCCGUCGUCUCUUACAACAUGAAGGAGUGUGUGUUCAUGGAGAAUCCCAACAAGAAUCAGGCUCAGUGUCUCAUCAACGUGAGCGGAGAUGCCGUGAUUUUUGUGCGAGAGUCUGAGCUUGAGGCCACGCCUUCACAGCCACAGACGUCCUGCAGUGGAGAGACAACCUGAACGCGCGCGCACACACAUGCACACACAUUUUAUUGAUUAAACCAAGCCAAGAAGUGAGUUCCAAAGAAUAGUGUGAGCCAAAAGUGUCGAGUUUUCCAGCCAAUCCGCAGCGAGAGCGCAGACGAGACGUGAAUGAGUUCAAAUUUAUUUCUGUAACGUAACGAGGUGAAAAACUCCGCCCGUCUGUCUGUCGUCUGUUUUGUGCACAUUCCAGACGUUCCAAGGGAGCCAAGGCAGCUAAAGCUGAAAUUAUAUGAUGUGUAUAAUGUGUGUGUGUGCAUGUGUGUAAAAAAAUGUCCAACAGUGUCAACACUGAGCGCCAUGUUUUAUUCCUCACCUACUUCCUGUUUGCUGCAUCAUUAUUAAAGGGGCAGUUUGUAAAGUUCAGCGCCCUCUGCUGCCUCUCAGGUGAACUGCAUCAUGAUGAGACGAGUCGAAUUCUUCCACCUGCUUUAAACCACACCUGCUUUAUCAGAACAAUUGGAAUGCUAAGGGGGCGUGGCCAGAAAUGUAUAUUUAAAAGUUAGAAUUGUAAACACUUAAAAGAAUUUUAUCACAUUAAUACUAUUCUAAAUCCUAAAAUUUAUAUGAGACAUCCUUCAUGUGAUCAUUUCAUUAAAAUGAAAAUAAAUAAAAAAUGGCCAGAUUUAAAAUCAUUUUUGUUAAUCUUUAAAAUUAUUAUAAUUGUUCAUUAAUAGAGAUUUAACAGAAAAAAAUUGCUCGGCUGGGGGCGGAGCUUAUUUUAGUGCCAUAAAAAAGUUAAAUUCCAGGGUUAAAUAUUGCAUUUUUUUUAAGUUGUAUUUAAUAGGUUCAGUGUUGCACAUACAGAAACACUCUCAGAACACAUUAAAUUUGCAUUAAGUUUAUUCUGGGGGCGGAGCCUAAUGGGGCUUAUACCAGUGGCAGAGCCUAAUGGGCCCCAGAAUUUACAUUUUUAAAUAAUAAAUGAAUUAGAGAAAUUAAAUGCACAUAAUUAAAUAUUUACAGAGAAAGUUUUAAAUAAUUAUUGCUGCAUGUUUCAUAAAGGAAGGAAUAUUUCAUAAAACUGUAUAUGGGGGGAAAAAUAAGAUAAUAUUUGAGGACGGAGUUUAUUUCAGGUGUUAAUGCAACGCUUUACAAACUGCCCCUUUAACGUCUUCUGUGCGAAUCUCGUGCUACUGAUCUGAUCAUAUGUUGAUCUUUUUUCUUUUUUUUUUUUUCUAAAAAUGCUGGAAUUUAAUUUUUAUUUUUAAAGUAUAUUAUUUUAUGUCAGUCUGUUGUUUCUCUCCUGCGUGUGCAAUGCCAGCUUCUCAGUUCAGUUCUCUGACGUCUGGGUGAGAGGAAGCCGACGCCUAGAGAAGACUUGAAUGUACAGAAUGGGAGGAAAGGAGAAAACCAGAGCGCUGAUUUAAUCCAAUUUACAGCGUGAUCAAUCCUCUACAGAUUAUUAUUAUUAUUAUUGUUAUUAUUGUUUUUUGUUUUUUUUAGAUUUCUACAGCGCGUGUGUGUAUAAGGACAAAUCAAAUGUUGCACGAUAAUUAAAUUAUCCAUGUUUAUCAA